GUUUGCCCCACCACCCCGAAGCGGCGCAAAGCUACAGCGAGCUACCCCUGUUCCACCACACCUCAAACCGUCGGCAUUUCAAACGUGGUCACUUCGUUAGCCCAUCAACGACAGAGAGGAGGAGACUGGAAGCUCCCUCUUCGCUUUUACACCUGGUUUGGAAGCAGAACCCCAGCCGAACAGCUCCUUGGAACCGGCGGAAGAACCAGGUCGUUGCCGACAACUUUCCGUGAUGGCGAUUGGCCGCCAAUUGAGGGACGGGCUGCUGUCGUCCCUCGCCCUUCUGCAGCUUGGCGCUGGUGUCGUCGCCAAGGACGAGGGCAUUCUGAACAGCGAGGUCGGCCGGUUGAACAAUCAGAGCCUGCUAUGGGGUCCCUACAGGCCAAACCUCUACUUCGGGGUCCGCUCCCGUGCCCCAAAGUCCCUGAUGACAGGUCUCAUGUGGUCCAAACUCGACAGCUACGACGAGGUCCAGAACAGCAUACGGUACACUUGCGAGCAGCAUGAGGGCAUGGCUGGAUAUGGCUGGGACGAGUAUGACACCAGGAAAGGUGGCGUCCAAACCAUCCAUGAUGCCGGCAACCAGCUCGACAUCACUACCUCGUUCGUCAAGAUCCCCGGCGGCACUCAUGGCGGCAGCUGGGCAGCCAGGAUCAAGGGCGAGCUCCGCGACGAUGCUGUCAGCAACACCAAGUACAGCAUCUUCUUCUACCUGACCCAGGAAGGCCUCGGCAGCCUCGAGACCGCCGACAAAGGCGAUCCCAACGGCUUCCCUGGUGACGUUGUCUUUAACGGCAAUUCGGAGGCUCUGGGAGACUACAAGAUUGUCAUCACCAGAGGCACGGGCGAGCACCCUCCCGGUGACCCCGAUUUGCAGGAGCAGCGCGACCUCGACAAGACCAUUGUUCAAUCCCUCAAGCUCCCCGAGGAGCAUCUCUGGCAGGCCAAGCCGGUGAUGUUCCACCAGAUGAAGGAGCACGUCGACCGCGUCAGCUCGCAGUUUGACCCCCAGACCCCGCCUCCACCAUGGGAUGUCUAUGCCCUGCCCCACAAGGCUGGCGCCGGCAAUGCCCACAUUGUCCAAAAGGUCUUUGAAGGGCCGUUCGAGUUUGACGUCAUUUUCAACAGCGCCUCGGCCGGCAAGGAACUCACGAGCGACGACAUCACCAGGGAGAUCAAGUCGACCACCGAGUCUUUCGGCGAGCGUUUCUCCGAUGUCUUCAACUUCAAGGCUCCUUUCACCGAUGCCAAGUACAAGAAGUUUGGACGCAGCAUGUUUUCCAACCUCAUUGGUGGCAUCGGCUACUUCCAUGGUCAAUCGGUCGUGGAUCGCUCCUAUGCGCCCGAAUAUGACGAGGAGAACGAGGGCUUCUGGGAGGAGGCAGAGGUAGCGAGAGCUCGCAAGCAGGAGAAGGUUGAGGGACCGAGCUCCCUGUUCACUAGCAUUCCCUCUCGACCCUUCUUCCCACGUGGCUUCCUGUGGGACGAAGGCUUCCACCUGCUGCCCAUUGCUGACUGGGACAUGGAUCUGACACUGGAGAUUGUGAAGAGCUGGUUCAACCUCAUGGAUGACGACGGCUGGAUUGCUCGUGAGCAGAUCCUCGGCGACGAGGCUCGCAGCAAGGUUCCAGCCGAGUUCCAAGUGCAGUACCCGCAUUACGCGAACCCGCCUACGCUCUUCUUCAUUGUUGAUACCUUUGUCGAGAGGCUGCGCAAAUCCAAUGGAAGCCAACCCGCGGGCAAGGAGCGCCUUUCCCAGGGCGUUUCGUUGACCAACGCUCAUGUUGAGAGCCCAAGCGUUGGGCUCGAGUUCUUGCGCAACCUAUACCCGCUCCUCCGCCGCCAGUAUGAUUGGUUCCGCAAGACCCAGUCCGGAGAUGUCAAGUCGUACGAUCGUCAGGCCUUUUCUUCCAAGGAGGCCUAUCGGUGGCGCGGCCGGACUGUCAUGCAUGUCUUGACCAGCGGACUGGAUGACUACCCGCGUGCCGAGGUGCCACACCCUGGCGAGCUGCACGUCGACCUCUUGUCGUGGAUGGGGCUCAUGACCAAGUCGCUCAGCAAUAUCGCCGACGCCCUCGGUAUGCCCGAAGAAGUUCACGAGCUUGAGAAGAACCUGAACGCUAUCGAACGCAAUCUUAACGACCUCCACUGGUCUGAGAAGGAUGGCUGCUACUGUGAUGCCACCAUCGACGAAUUCGAAGAGCACGUGCUUGUGUGCCACAAGGGUUACAUCUCCCUCUUCCCCUUCUUGGUUGGUCUUAUCAACGAUGACGACCACAAGCUAGGCAAGAUUCUAGACCUCAUCGGCGAUGAGGAUGAACUUUUCAGUCCAUAUGGAAUCCGCAGCCUGACCAAGACGAGCCCACUUUACGGUACAAACGAGAACUACUGGAGGAGUCCGGUCUGGAUCAAUAUCAACUACUUGGCUCUGGUGCAGCUUGAGAACGUGGCUAAAAAGAAGGGCCCUCACCAAGAGAAAGCAAGGGACCUCUACACAAGGCUUCGCGAGAAUCUGGUUGAUACCAUCUUCAACAGCUGGGAGGAGACAGGCUUCGCGUGGGAGCAGUACAACCCGGAGACGGGCAAGGGACAGAGGACGCAGCACUUUACCGGAUGGACCAGCCUGGUGGUUAAGAUCAUGACUAUGGAUGAUCUGAGCAGCAGCGGCAAGACUCACGAGGUGAAGGACGAGCUGUGAAGGAUGACCAAGAAUUUGGACUCGUUUGUGAUGCCCUUGAGAUGUAACGCAGAUAUACCCCUUUUUAGAGACGAGUCGCUUGCAUUUAUGGAGGCACACUGGGCUCCCAUGUGCGAGUGGAGAAGAUGGCUUUGAUUCAAUCCUUGCC